AUGACCCGUGUAUGGCGUACUUGUCUUCGACGUAAUACAAUGUAUGGAUCCUUGGACAGCUUCACAGCAACGUGCGCGGCGGUGAUGCUCUUCAAUCUGGUUGUCGGCGGGAUAGGAACAACUCGAAAUACUCGACCGACACGACAAACCAGAAUUGAACUAUUUGAUCGAACUGUACACCCUCACUCGAACGGCGGGGAUACGGUUCCAGUCGACUGGCGGUGGACUACGGGUAACGUCGUCUCACGGCACGAGAUAGUAGAUGAUACGCGGCAGCACGGCUCGGACGGCGGCGGCUCGACGUAA